AUGCCAGUCCCGACGGUCCCGUCUGUCCCCCACUACGUCCACCCUCCCCCAACCAAGGAGGAUCUGGAAUGGGCGGACCUACCCAUCAUCGACUUUUCGAACGCGAGCACACCUGAGGGCCGUGCCGUGCUUACGCCGCAGGUCUGCAAUGCGAUGCAAACCUCCGGGUUCAUGUAUAUCAUCAACCACGGCAUGACUCAAGCCGAGAACGACCGCAUCUUCGAUAUCGCAGACGUUCCCUUCAGCCAGGUGCCCGAGGAGGAGAUGAAGCGGUACGUGUCAGACAUCAAAGCCACAGGGUCCUACAGAGGUUUCAAGCCUCGCCGGAUUUGGGAAAUCGACAACGGAGUUCGGGACCAGCUUGAGCAUUACAACACUCAUCGCUCGAUUACAAAGCUGCAGAGCCACCCGAAGGCGUUGCAGCCGUUCCUGCCGGAGAUGCGGGCAUUUACCGAAUAUACUCACAACAAGAUCCUGACGCCCAUUCUGCAAAUCCUCGCUCGCGGACUCGAGCUCCCAGAGGACACCUUUGCCAAUUUCCACGGGUUUGAUGAUGAGUCGGAGACCUACCUGCGGUUCAUGAAGUACUACCCGCGCCCCGAAGAGGACGAGGAAAAGGCGAAGAAUGUAUGGCUUAAGGGCCACACAGACAUCGGGACCGUUACUGUGCUUUGGAGCCAGCCGGUAUCUGCUCUCCAAAUCCUCUGCCCUGACGGCAAGUGGCGUUGGAUCAAGCACAUCGACAACGCUCUGGUUGUAAACAUCGGUGACAGUAUGGAGUUUCUUUCCGGGGGCUUCUACAAGGGCACCAUCCACCGCGUCCGUCAGCCUCCGGUGGAUCAGCAAGGCUGUAACCGCCUUGGCGUCUUCUACUUCGGGUCGGCUAACGCGGACGUGAGGCUGAAGCCUCUGUUGGAAAGUCCGGUGCUGCAGAGGGUCGGGGUUGUGCGCAGAUUCGACGACGACAAGGCGCCGACGAUGGACCAGUACCGAAGCGGACGCACGGCCGCCUAUGGUCUCUCGCCGCUGACGAAGAAAGACAACGUCGUGGAGGAGCAGAUCAUACAUGGCGUUCCGGUGAGGCACUACAAUUAG